GUUUGUGGAUAUUGUUUUGGGGCAUAUUAUUCACAGCAUUUAAGCGCGGAUGAGUUAUUGGAAGCAGGGCUGACGAUUUAUCUGCUGUUGAAUCGGAGCUGGUGGGUGCCCAGGGGAGGGACAGAGGCGCCUUGCAGCCCCUGUUGUCAGGAGUCUGAAGAUAAAAGGCAGCUGAGGAGCGAGAAGGGGGGCAUCGCCGAUCUACGAUGUCCUGCAUGACGCAAAUUAGUGUGCUGGGAGCAAGAUCGGCACAGCUGGCUCUGUUGACAUUGAAAGGCAGCGAAUCGCUGCUGCAGAAAGCCAAGGCAACGUCGGCCGUGUUGCACCUGGCUGGCAUAGGGUGCAAUGGAAACAGGGGACAGCUGCACACAAUGUGCCGCCCGAAGGUCACGCAAGCGCAGACAUUGACUGCCAGCGGGCCCAUUCAGUCCCGUCUUGCCAUGUCAUCGGACAUGGCCGGGUCGCGGGACCUAAUGGAUUUCCCUCACAUUGUGUUUCCGAGCUUCGUCAAGAUGGCCAAGAACGUUUUUCUCCAAUUGUUCGUCAUCAGGCCGUAUCUGGAUCAGAGCUUUUCGUUUCCAACGUUCCUGGAUGGGGCGAAGCAGGCCCUUUUAGUCGUCUCGGAGAAGCUGGCCAACGGUGACUUCGCUGGCCUUCGUGGCUUGGUGACGCCGGAGGCGCUGGCAGAGAUCGAGAGGAACUACGCCACCCUCUCGGUCAAGGAGCGCUGUGAUCUGAAGGUUAUCCGGGAUAAUAUAGGGCCGAUCUUCCCCUACGAGAUCGGCAUGAUCAUAGAGGAAGAUGACGAUAUACAAAAGCGCUGGGUUGAGGUGACCGUCUGCGCCCACGUACACUCGAACUUCGCGAACCGAGAUCGGCUGUCGGAAAGCGAAUACGUGCCUCCAUACCAGUUACCCGAUUUCACCGUGUGGAACUACAGGUUCAUCCGGAACUACACAAAAGGGGUUAACGAUAGCUGGGUGGUGAACGUUGUUAACCAUUUCAAGCCCAAUGUUGAACAAGCGGAUUGAAGAUUCGCCAAAUGGCACCUCGUCGGGAUUGUGGGGUGUCACAUCGCUCGCAGGUCGUGAUGAUCGAUGGGAAAAAGCAAUGCACGGAAUGCCAAGCUGUACAAUAGAAAUGGAACUUGUCAGCGUUUUGCGCCAAGCUUCAGAACCUGACACUGUUUCAUCUGGUCUCCAAGAGCAAUGUCAGUGUAGAAGGUGCUCAAAUUUGUCGAAUUCCCCUGGCCGGAUGCUCGUAGUGCACGUUUGCUGCACCUGCUCCGUGGCGGUAUCUCGUCGGGUCUGGUCCCGGUUGCAAGUGGCAAGGAAAGCAUCCACGUGCUCCAGGUUGCAGUUCAGUCUUUCGCUCUGGCUCCAUCUCCUGAUGUUCAUUACGACAAUAUCAGUCGCGAAGUCAUUAACACGAGUUGUCGAUAUCUAGCUGGCGGCGCGGUGGAUCUGCGACAAUGCCGGCGUGAUUCCCAGUGACCUCGUAAAGCACCGUUGGCAGCGAGUUAUAUGAAGCGCUCCUUGCUGGAUGCAUCCUUUACUCAGUGAAAGAUCGUCAAAUGUAUCCGUAUUUUCCUCCGUUCGUGUUUUGGUAAUUCCUUUCAUUGCCGGGAUGACUAUUCGCUUUGUUUUCGCCUUGUGUUACUGCUUAAAUGCUAACUACGUUUUGUAAACGGCACGUUCGUUCCGACAGCCUGCUGUAUUAGCCUGUGCCUGCAAAUUGUAUCCUCCAUUUUAAAGAACCAUCUAAAUGUAAGCUGGUGCCUUCUUUAAUGUUUCCGGGUGACACUAUAACACGGAUUUUCUGCUGAUAUCUCGUAAUUAGCAGAGGUGCUGUCGUAAUGGGCAAAGGUUUGCUGGAUCUGCCUGUCGUGUGUUUGGUGCGCUUCGACGCCCGUGGUUUUAAACGGUUGCUGGAUGUGUUGAAUGACUGCUUGGAGAGAAUACGAUGGUUUUGUGAUAAAUAAAUAUGUGCAACUCUU